AUGAGCAAGAUAUUCACAGUCUUUGGUGUAACGGGCCAACAAGGAGGAGCUCUCAUCAAGUAUCUAUUGGAUCAUCCCGUCUUUUCAAAGGAAUACACUUUCAGGGCCGUCACUCGAGAUGCGACCAAACCUGCAGCGGUUGCCCUGCGAAAAAAGGGGGUCGAGAUUGUCGAGGCAGAUAUGAACAAACCCGAAACUCUCGUCGAGGCCAUGACAGGUACUCAUACCGUCUUUGCUCUGACCAAUUGGGUCGAAUCGAUGGAUCCUGCUGUCGAAGUCGUUCAAGGUAAAGCGCUGGCCGACGCCGCCGUCAAAGCCGGUGGCGUCAAACUUUACAUUUGGUCUUCGUUGCCACGCACCGGCAUGGCCCACUUUGACAGUAAAGCCGAAGUCGAGGAGUACAUUCGUCGCACCUUUCCCGCCAUGACGACGACGACGCGGUCAUUCUUUUUCAUGCCUGGUUGGUUCAUGCAAAAUUUUGUCCGAAUCAUGAAACCAAAGAAGCGUGUCGGUGUGGACGGCGAAACAGAGUACGUCCUCGCGCAGCCGUUUCCGGGAGCGACACUCGACACCGCCUUGCCACUCAUCGACAUCGAAGAUACCGGCAAGUUUAUCGCUCCGUUCCUGUCGGACCCUGAGAAAUACGCAGGAAAACAAUUCUUCGCUUGCACCGGAAAUUACACCAUCAGGGAGAUUUGUCAAACCUGGACGACGGCCACAGGCACAAAAAUCGUCUACGAUGAACAAGUGGACGCGAUCGCCGAAAGCGACAUGGGUGAGGCGGUCAAGGAGAGUCUGAAAAACAGAGAUCGGUCUCAAGGUUAUUAUGGUCCCGAGGGAGAUGAAGGGAUCGAUUGGACCCUGGCACAAAUCCAAGAAAAGUUGACGACUUGGGAAGAAUUUGUAAAAAGGAAUGAACCGUGGUUUUGAGGGAUCGAAAUACUUACCUGAGUAACGCGUCUUCUUCGCCUCAUCCGUUGUGGUAGUACCAAACAUUUACAGAGGAUCACUUAAGUAGGUUGUUUAGCUGAGGGAGAAAAUGGAGUGAGUUCCGAGGGACGGAGUGUACAUACUGUUCCUCUAAUCGGCCCCUUGCUCACCCUCCUAAACUCGCUGGCCUCACCUACUGGGUAAAUCUGUGGUGGUCGUUUGGGAUCGAGGAGCAAACGGCACCCCCUUUGAGGGGCGUUUUGUACAACUUGCAGUUGGAAAGGGAACAUCAUUUCACCGGCCCAACCUCCCUCCACCAAAAG